AUGCCUAAACACAAGUUUUCAUCCACAACGGCAGCGUCGAUGAGGAGACCAGGUUCGGCGCCAAGUUGUCGAAUUGGAGGAGGUGCCACCUCAGUAGCAAGUAUUCCAGUCUCGGUGUCACGAACAGUGAUCAGUUCAAAUUCUCAAUAUUUGGCAAAUGUCAUUCCCUCGAGAUGUAUCGAUAAUUUUGUUGCCAAUCGACCAUCCCGACCCAGCUCUGCCAAACGACCUUCAAGUGCUACACAUGUCAAAUACUUGAAAGAGGGUAAAGUACCUCCACAUGAUUUGAUGGAAUGCGAGGAAGAAUUAGGUAUGAAAGAGCAACAAUUGAAUGAUCUCUUGUAUAAUUUGGUUUGUGAAUAUCAUUACCUUAAAGAUCGAGGGAAAGAGGAAACGGAAAAGGAAAAAAAGGAAUACAUUGCCUUGAAAGUUAGCUUUCAGAGAGUUUACCCACUGAUCAAGAAACAUUUUCAAACGUACUUUGCUUCGAGAAAGGAAUUCAAUUGGAGAGAUCAACAGGUCAUUCAAUUAAAUAAGGACAUUGAGGAAAUUGCUUUGGAAGAACAAAUAAGAGAUCGGGUGGAGCAAGAGCACAUGGAUUUUCUAACCAAAAAGCUGAAAUUGCAGCAGUUGUGCCAUGAUGACAAACUGGAUGAUGCUCUCAAUGAGGAGGCCGAGGAGUGGGAAAAUGCUGAAUUGUAUGACCCCUUAGAUUAUGAAAGGCCGUCUGUUGACAUUCCUAAAAUUGAUUUAACCAAAACCAAGAAAAAGCAAUUUGCUGAUAAUGUUUCAGUGGGAGGGUACAGCACUGGCAGUAGAAUUUCCACAAAUGAUCGUAACGCCCAUAUGAAGUUUUUAAGGCUCAUGACACCAGAAGCCUCCAAUGGUCUGCGAAAUACACCAGACAUGCUAACACCAACGCUUUCUCGAGCAAACAGUGCACGUCUAAGUGGAAGGAGAUUUUCCAUUCAAAAAAAAGCACCAACGCUGGAUGAGCUAGACAAGCGCUGUGACAAAGUCGUCGUCACUCAACAGAGUGGAGGGAAUCCACUGGAUGAAAUUGACAAUUUUGAAAAACGUUUGAAUACUACCCGAAAAAAGGAUUUGAUGUGGUGA